GCUGUUGCCUUCAAUCGUUCAGGAUGUCUAGGCUCAGUUUGUUGCUUGUUUUCGGUUUGGUUGGUGCCACUUUCGCUGGUGUGCUUCCUGAUCAGCACGCUGCUUGGAGUGGCCGUAUCGUAGGAGGCUCAGAUGCCAGUGAGGGUCAAUUCCCGUAUCAGGUGUCACUACGUUCUUCGGCUGGCAGUCAUUUCUGUGGUGGCUCAAUUAUCAACGCUAACUGGGUUAUGUCGGCGGCUCAUUGUACCGUCGGAAGAACUUUAGCAAAUACGAUAGUUGUGGCAGGCUCACUGCUUCUGAACGCAGGUGGAUCUACGCAUGCGUCGGAACGUAUCAUCAACCAUCCGCAAUACAGUUCUCUGAGUCUGGCUAACGAUAUCUCACUGGUUCGGGUAGCUACUCCGUUCGUUUUCUCCUCAGUGAUUGGGGCAAUCGAGCUGGAAACUAGUUUCGUCGAUACAGCGAGUAGUGCUCAAGCUUCUGGAUGGGGACAAACUUCGCACCCAGGAUCAAUCCCGAACCACCUGCAAUGGGUUAAUGUAGACAUUAUCUCACUGGCCGACUGUCGUAGCCGUCAUAGUGCAGUGAACGCCAACCGAGUUCAUGACAAUACGAUCUGCACACUGAGCCCGAGUGGAGUCGGAAUGUGCAUGGGUGACUCUGGAGGCCCGCUUUCACAUUCUGGACGUCAGCAGGGAAUCGUUUCGUGGGGUAUUGCCUGCGCACAAGGAAUUCCGGAUGUAUUUGCACGUGUUUCAUCCCACCGCGACUGGGUUUUGGAGAACGUGGAUUAAAUAUUCAUUUGAAAACAAUUUAAUAGACGUGCUUCACCAAGACAUAUGAAACAAGCAAUAAACAUUUAUAAGAUAGCAAAACCUGUAUUUGAAAAUAUGCAUUAAAUCCGUGAGGCAGUUAGGCUAUUAGAAUUGAAUCAAUACAUCUAGAAUCGCCAUCGA